AAAAAAAUCAAUACCAGCAGGAAGAAAACAGCUGAGCUGAAGCAAGCAUUUUAGUGUUCUGUACUGCUCUAAGAAGAACUAUGAAAAUACACUGAAACGCAAGGGUCACAGGCUGUCUGGCCUAUACUGGUAGUGUUCGCUGCAAGAAACUUGAUUUGAAAAGUUGAAACUGCAGUAAGGUAGUUUUCCAGUUCUUUCAAAGGAAACAAUGGCAAGCAGUAUGAGUGAAACCAGCCGGGUUUUUGAUAUGGACCAUUACCAUGUUACAGAGGAUCACGGAUUUAUUCUGCCGGAGCCUCUGACAAACCUAUCUGAAUAUUACCAGCCCUGGAUGGAGAUUGCUAAUAAGAUUCCAUUCUUGAUCAAGACACAUUCACUACGGGAGGAAGUGAAUAAAAUGCCACUCUUAGACACAAAGUACCUGAAUGGGUAUAAAGAGCAGAGGCUGGCACAUUUGUCUUUAAGCUUUAUUACAAUGGGCUAUGUAUGGCAGGAAGGGGAGCAGGGAUCCAUCAAGGCUUUGCCUCAAAAUCUUGCCAUCCCUUUCUGGAAUGUGUCUCAGUGUCUUGGACUUCCAGCCAUCUUGGUACACGGAGACAGUGCUUUGGCAAACUGGAAAAAGAAGGACCCUAAUGGUCCGUUUGAACUUGAGAAUCUGGAUGUGAUUUUCUCUUUUCCGGGAGAAGACAGUGCAAAAGGCUUCUUUCUUGUGACUCUGCUGGUCGAAAUGGCCGCAGUCCCGGGGAUUAAGGCAGCGGUGACAUCCAUAAAUGCGAUGAUUCAGAAAGAUGACAGGAAGCUGCACCAGGCGCUUCAGGAUAUUGCAGACUCCAUCGAGUGCAUGGUCACGGCUCUUAAAAUGAUGCAAGGAAAUGUUGAUCCACAAGUGUUUUAUGGAGUUAUUCGGAUCUUUCUGUCAGGCUGGAAGGAUAAUCCUUCUAUGCCAGAUGGCUUGGUGUACGAAGGAGUUCAUGAAGACCCAAAACAAUUCUCUGGAGGAAGUGCAGCCCAGAGUUCAGUGCUUCAUUGCUUUGAUGCCCUUCUGGGAGUCUCUCACAGUGGAGAAAGUGGGAAUUUUUUGAAUAGGAUGCAGGAUUACAUGCCACCAUCUCACAGACAGCUAAUACAGGAUAUUGCCUCCAGCCCAUCUUUACAACAAUAUAUUGUGGACAGCAGGAAACCAAAACUUCAAGAGGCCUUCAACAACUGUGUUUCCCAACUUGUAAAGCUAAGGAACCAGCAUAUUAUAAUAGUGAGCAAUUUCAUACUUGUACCAGCAGCUAAAGCUCGUGACAUAAGGAAGAAGGGCAUCAGUAAUGAUGAGAUCCUGUUGAAGGCCCCUUCUGCUUUAGAGGAAAGGGGAACAGGAGGUUCAGGAAUAAUGAGCUUUUUAAAAAGUGUCAGAGAUACAACAAAGGUGGUAUGUGUACCGUCUGCCCACUAGAGCCAAGAAAGAGUCCAGGGGCAUUGGGCAUUCAAUUCUAGAAAUUCAGGUACAGGAGUAAAGACUUUGUUCUACUGAAUAAUUUUUAAUGUCAAUAAGGAACUUUGGCUGUAACAUAACAUGGCUUAUUUCUUCUCUCUUAUUUAAAUGUUGUAAUGAAACAUUCCAUGAAAUUAAUUUCAUUCCUACAGCACACUCCUCUUCUGCAGCUGCCAAUUCAAGAUAUUUAAAGUAAGCUUCAGCACAAGAGAAUGUGAUUAAAAAUUACUUAAGUAAGCUGUUGAGUUCUUUUGAACAAGAACACGUCCAAAUGGACUUGAAAUAUACAUUUUUAUCAAUAGACAAAUUAGUUUUUUUUUUGAUAUUCAGAAAUUCAGUUGGACUUAGUAAUCAAAUUAAACUCAAAAAUCAUAACUGAACUAAGCCCCAAUUAUUCUUUGAUUCUGAUUUACUCUAGUAUAAGACUUUGUCAGGUCAUUCUCUUGAUUUUAUCCCAAGCGUGACAACAUUUAUUAUAGGAGUAGACUGAAGAUGCUUCAUCAUCAUCAUCAUCGGUACACAUGACUAGUAAAAGGUACCUUUACCAAAAACAACAUGGCAGAACGCAUUUAAAAAAAAAAUGCUGAAAAUGGUGGUGUCCACAGAAAAGAGCAAACAAAAUGGUGACACAAUGAUGCCACAAAUAUAAAGCUAAAAAAUUAAUAACGACACAAAUAAUUAUCUGGCAUUUGGCAUAAUAUUUUUAAAAAAUAUUCCACCCAAAAAUGAUUUUUAAAAAAUGUUUUUUAUGCCAUGUGGUUUAUAGUGAUGGCCAAGAAAAAAAUUGGAAUCUUGUGUUUUCAUGCGUAAUGGAGCUAACAAAGUUAUUUCUUUAAUGGAAGUGGAUGGUGUCCAGCAUUAAACAUGAACAAACAAUAUUAAAAUGUCUACAAAAAAUCUACAUGUUACAGGUAAGCAGGAAUGGUGCAUUCUCAUAAUUCUGUGCUUUUGAAUUGAAGACAGGAGUCUUGACCAAUGAAUGAGGGGGAGAGGCAGGUCUUCAAUGCAAAAGCAUAAAAUUAUGGGAAUGCACCUUUCCGGUUUACCUUCUACAUUGAUUUUUCAAGAAGUAUUAAUAAUUUAUUAAAAAUAUUUGCAUGUUUUGAGCAUUUUACUGGGUAACAAAUAUAUGAAUUAUGCGACACAAGUAACAAGAAUUUUUUCCUUUUUUUCCAUGGACAUUUUUCACAUUGUUUACAGUUGAACAGAACAGGUCACCAUUACAGUCCAUUAUAUCAUAAACUGUUUUCCCUCAUCCUGCAAUAAAACAUGAGAUUCAUGUUUUUCUUCAGCCAUCACUACAAUUGGGGUAACAUACACAAAAAUAUCAUGUUUGGGUGGAGUACUCCUUUAAAGAAAAAUAAAUAUCAUUCUGUGAAAUUUCAAACAGAACAAUAUGUUACAGUAUUCUUAUUUUUAUCUUCAACAAAAUGAAAAUUUCUCAUUACAGGCAAAGUAUAUGUCCAAGAUACAGGCAAGUGCCGACUACCACAUUACUAUGCACGUGCAAAGACCAAAAGCUUUCUCUAGUUAAGAACAGAUAUGCUUAUCCAUAGCAAAAGUUCAACAUUAAUUCUAUUAUGUCAAUGUUCAUAUUACAAAUGUAAAAGAAAGAAAUUAACAUAAUAAAACAACAUUAUACAAGUGGUUGACACAGCAGCAUUGGUAUUCAUUCAUGUGAGAAAAAAAUUAUUUGUUUUUGCCAAGCAGAAAACAGAUGCCUGUCAUUGUUUGAUGGUGAAGUAAGUCUUUCAUUUUCUUUACUUAUGAAGGAGAGCAGCUUUGAAUCAAAUUGCUGGCAACAGGAAUUCCAAGGUCAGAGCACAAUUUUAUAUUUGGGAUUGACAAGCCAAUGGACCAUGCAAGAUAUUUUAUUCAUUUAUAUUUCUUAUUUUGAAUACAAUAUGAGAUCUAAUAUACCAGACUGUACAAUAGUUAGUGUGUUCAGUAUUUCCCAACCUAUGCUCUUGUUUCUGUAAAUCUGUUUAUUGAUGGGGAUAGUUUUCUCCUUUCUCUGGCAUUGAAUAAAAACUAAUCAAAAAUGUU